UGUUCUCACUCCCAGCAGAGCCGCCUUUAUCAAGACAAGACACAGCCCCUGAUUUAGAGACAGAUCUGCCGGAGUCUGCGGCCGGCAUGGGUCACCUUUCGCCCUUCCUAGCUCUGGUGGUUUUGCUGGGCAUCUCGGUGUGCGUGGGUCGCCCCAGGGGCCGUAUUCUCGGGGGCUACGAAGCUCCUCCCCACCUGAAACCCUACAUGGCUUCCCUGCAGGUGGAUGGGAAGCAUGUGUGCGGCGGGUUCCUGAUCGCCGAGCAGUGGGUGCUGAGCGCGGCUCACUGCCUGGAAGACAAGCACGGCAAGCCGUUCCAGGUCCUCCUGGGAGCCCACUCUCUCUCGCAGCCAGAACCCCACAAGCGCCUUUAUGGGGUGCGCGCGGAGAUCGGCCACCCUGGCAGCAGCACGGAGACCUACGACGACGACCUCCUUCUCCUCCAGCUAGAGGAGAAAGCGAUCCUCAGUGAGCAUGUGAAGAUCCUGCCCUUCCAGAGGCAAGACAGGGAUGUCCCCACUGACACGGUGUGCGAGGUGGCCGGCUGGGGUAAAAUGACCCACACCGGGAAGCUGCCUGACAAACUGCAGCAGGUGGAGCGUCCAGUGAUCAGCCGGGAGACCUGCAACCACAGGACCCGCCACGACAACACCAUCACGGAGAAGAUGAUGUGCACCGACUCCAAGAAGAAGGACACCUGCACGGGGGAUUCCGGCGGGCCGCUCGUUUGCAAUGGGAUCGCCGAAGGGGUGGUGGCUGCCGGCUCUCGGGUCUGUGGGAACUUCAAGAAGCCCGGAAUCUACACCCGGAUCCCCCCCUACGUCGACUGGAUCGAGAGAGUCAUGGCUUCAGCUAACUGAAGGCGGACGGGUCGGCCCUGGAUUGGAAGGGACCAGCUGCCUGGCCCCCGCAGGAGCACACAGCAGACUCCACGCUAUUUCCCAAGGGCAGGGCUAGCGGCUAGCAUGGCAGAGAGCACUCAGACACUGCAAACGUCACUGUAACCGGACAUCGGGGGCCUAUAGGGCUGCGCCACCCCCGCUUUCAGCUCCCCUUGCAAUCAGAUAAGCUCAGUGCAGCACUUCCCCGCAAGCAGCAUCCUGGAGAGGGGAGGAGACACCCUGAGCCUCCCGGACGACUGGCUUCUUCCACCCAACACAACGGCUGCUCCUGGAAACCACCCGGCCCAGUUCUCCUGUCUGCAAAGAGACAUGUCUGGCCUGCCAAAGGGGCGGUUUGCAAGGGGGUGGGAAGGGAAAGAGGUUUUUCACCCUACAGGAUGGGGCCCAAGGCAGGAUUUCAGGUGGCAUCUUCUCAACUCUGCCCUCCCCAGCGCAAGCCAGCUCCGGUGCAAACCUGACCCGCUGUGGCUGUUAGCAGUGAGCACAAGUAUUGCAAUAAAAGGGAACUGAUUGUAA